CGCAGGGACUCUCGAGCGCUUGAUUGCUGCAAACAUCACUACGACAGCUGCCGGAAGCUACAAGAUACUCCUCCCCGCGCCUUGCUGAUAAAAUUCCCUGCUCCAGAUUCAUGGCAUUGUACCGCAAGUACUGGACCACUCGGCUAGAGGCGGCCUUAUCAUGUACCAAGACUAUCUAGGGCCUUGAUUAUGUGGUGGUGAGGGCGGGGACUCUGCAUCGCAUCACAGACAGUAACAGACACUUUAAGUUGAUGCAGCUCGGUGGCAGCAUUGUGCAUCGCAAUUGUCCAUUGGCUUGUCCUCCUACUUCUUAUUCCACUCCAAAUGGCAGGCGCACAGGCUUUCCCGCGACAGCCCCAGAGCUGGACUCCUCCAGCAGCGAUACUGGAUGGCAUUGACAUCUUCCUGAUGCAGCAGGCGUCGCAGUUUGUGCUUUCGGGCCCACGCUAUGUCACCACCUACAGAGUCCCGGCAGAGCAGGGCAACAUGGCCUUCAGGGCAGACACCUACGACACUGCAAUUGCGGCGAUCUAUCUCCUGGAGAGGAAGCAGGUGGCGCUUGCAACGAAUCUGGUGGACGGUCUGUAUGCCGCCAUGAUGCAUGACCCUGUCGGAGAUGGGCGCAUUGUGGCAGCAACAUGGGCCAAUUCACUCCUGGGGCAAGGUGGCGACUUCAGCACGACCAUCUUUCCCGGGGCAGGCCUUUCGGACACAGGCAACAUGUGCUGGGCUGCCAUUGCCAUGGCCAGAGCGUUCCACUACACAGGGCGUGCACACUACCUGCACGGGGCGCGCACGAUUGGAGACUGGGUGGUCAAACAUACUGCAGUGGCGGACGAGUGGGGCGGCUUCAGUGGGGGCUAUGAGGAGGGCGGCGCCAAGCGGCCGUGGCGCUCCGUUGAGCACAACACGGACGCCUUUGCUCUCUUUCGUCUGCUGCGCCAGGUCACGGGGGAGGCGCGCUGGGAGGAGCACAUGCUGGCAGCGCAGGCCCUGGUGCGGCGAUGCUUCAUCGACGGCCCUGACGGCACCGCCCACUUUUGCACCGGGACGGGCGUGGGCCCCGUUUUGAACGAGGACGUCAUCCCAACGGACUGCCAGACGUGGACCGCUCUUAGCGGCAUCGCGCUAGACGUCCGCAACGCGUGCCUCAGGUACGUGGUGGCCAAUCACCAGACGACAAGUGGCGACUUCGUGGGCAUGCGGUUUAGCUCCACGGGUCGGGAGGUGCAGAACGAGAACACGGCGGGGGCGGCGCUCGCGCUGGGGGAGGCGGGCUGGAGCGAGGGGCGGGCCCUGCUGGCCAGCUUGCAGGACCAGAUCCGGCGCGCUCCCGGCACCGACGGCCUGGGCGUGGUGGCCACUCCUGCCGCGGAGUGCUGGACGGGCGCCGGCCUGGGCUGGUCCUACUUCAACUGGCCCCACUCCGCAGCGAGCACGUGGACGGGCCUCGCCCUUCUUGCGGCCGGCACGGGAUUGGCCGAUAACCCCAACCCUUUCUCCGAGUUGCGUUCGCAGCCCGGGCGGUUUGGCAGCGAGUGAACCAGGGGGUUCGCUCUAAUUCCCUCCUUGAGAGUAAUCACUGAUCGAACCGCCUCCUUGAAGAAGUGCGUGUUGAUGACACAGAGCGUUGAUGACAUUGAGCAAUUAUUGACUGCAGUUGUUGGUUCUCUUCGUUUGACAUAUGGCCCAUGCAGUUCCUGAGCGCUGCAGGAGCAGGCUUCUAACGGAUGGACAUCAUUGGCAUCUUUGAAGAUCUUGUGUACUUGAAGUUGGAAAGCUUGAAGUAGAUGUAAGAUUGCUG